AUGUUCUUGCAAAAUCUGGCAUCAUGGAUCGCCUUCUCUCUUGCCGUUCCACUUGCUGCAGCAUUCCAAAAAAAUCACCCGUCGAAGAACGACAGAGGGCCUGACCAGGUCAUCAUGGACACUGAUAUGAUACUGCUUGACGACCCGAUGGCCUUACAGGUGAUGCUUGAGUGGGAAAGGGUUCAGGAAGACAAGACGCAACUGAAGGCGGUCAACAUCAACGCAGACUCGAAGUACUCCGCCAUGAUGACCUGGGAGAUUCUCAAGUAUUACGCGCCCGACAAGUAUAACGGGCACGACAAGUUGCCCGUGGGACUGAGACGACCGGUCACUGAUUUCAAGUGGAACCCCACGACAUUCAGGGAUCUUUAUGGUCCCAAAGUCGACAUCGUCGGCGAAAUAGCGAGCAAGAUCGGAGCCGACUGGAGUGGCAGCGAGUCAGACGUCGAGGAAAAGACCGAGGACCCCGUUAAGGUCUAUGAAGACAUGUUAGAGAAAGCAGACGACCAGACCGUGACUAUUCUGUCCAUCGGGUUCUUCGAUAACCUUUACGAGUUCAUGCAGAAGCAUGAAAACAGGGAGCUCAUCAAGAAGAAGGUCUGGCGCAUGCUCGUCAUGGGCGGCGACAAGACCCCGUCGGGGAGUUCCCACAACUUCUACGCCCGGGAAGACGGCCACCCGGACCCCAGUAAUGAGGCAGCCAAGAAGACAGCGUUUGUGUUCAAUAACUGGCCCAGCGAAGUGCCCAUAUACUUCUCCGGUCUGGGUAAAAAUGAACUCGUAGGCGUCAGACUACUAGAAGCAACCGGCCUCGACCAGGACCCGAUCAGACGUGCGAUCGUACUGUACAACGAGCCCUCCGAGCUCCUCACGAAGGAGAAGCCGGUCCACAGCUGCCCGGACGUCACGCUGGCAUUCGCCGUCGGGGACGUCGACGAGGAGUGGUUCGAAGACCUGAACCCCCAUGGGAAACUGAACAUGAUCGAGAAGAACGGCGAAUAUGAUGGUAGCUAUGAGUGGGACGAUUCUUCGGACACCAAGAACAACAUCUUGUUGGGCGUCAAGAGCGGGGAGACGAAGGACUUCGAGGGGAAGAGCCUCAAGUUGCCAGACGAGGUGGGAAGGCUGGUGGAUACUUUUGUGCUGAAGGCUGCUCAAGAUGCUGCUCAUUAG